GUGAGCUGCCGGGACUGAGUGCAACGGGGGAGCCCAGGAUGGCGAGACAGAGCCGAGACCUCCUCCUACUGCUGCUUCUCUCCUGCCUUGUGUGCUGGGCACGGGCAGCCAGGCAAGAGGUGCACGUGAUCGACCUCCUGACGGUCAGCGAGUCCCGGCACAUGUCCGGCGUGGUGGAAAAGAUCCGCUCGGAGCUGCUGGCGGUCAAUGACCUUUACUUCCUGUCCACCUUCCGGCUGCCCCCCAAGGCAGGAGGGGUCCUGUUUGGCCUCUACUCCAAAAAGGAUAACACCAAAUGGUUGGAGGCCUCCAUAGUGGGCAAGAUCAACAAAGUGCUAGUGCGUUACAUGAGGGAAGACUCCAAGCUUCAUGCCGUCAGUCUACAGAAUGCCAACCUGUCAGAUGGGAAUAUGCACACAAUGAUCCUCCGCGUGAGCGGCUUCCGGGGGGACACUCUCUCUCUGGAAUUGUACGUAGACUGCAAGCAGGUGGACACCAGCCUGGGGCUUCCAGAAAUGAUGAUCAUUCCCCAGUUUGAGGUGGAGUCUGGGGAUAUCCGCUCUGGACACAAAGCCUACCUAAGGAUGCAGGGAUCUGUAGAGUCCAUGAAACUGAUCCUCGGUGGGUCCCUGAGUCGCGUGGGGGCUCUAAGUGAGUGCCCUUUCCAGGAAGAUGAGUCCAUUCACAACACAGUCAACGGAGUGGUCAAUUCUAUCCUUGGUGAGCACACCAAAGCUUUGAUCGCCCAAAUGACUCUCUUCAAUAAAGUGUUAGCGGAGCUGAGAGAGGACAUACGAGACCAGGUCAAAGAGAUGUCGCUGAUCAGGAACACCAUCAUGGAAUGCCAAGUGUGCGGGUUUCAUGAGCACCGCUCCCGCUGUAACCCCAACCCCUGCUUUCAAGGAGUCGACUGUAUGGAAACGUAUGAGUAUCCGGGGUUCCGCUGUGGCCCCUGCCCGCCGGGAUCCCAAGGCAAUGGCACCCACUGUGCCGAUAUAGAUGAGUGCUCCCACGCCAACCCUUGUUUCUCUGGCUCCAAAUGCAUCAACACGUCACCGGGCUUCCGCUGCGAGCAUUGCCCACGGGGGUACAAGGGCAACACCGUGUCUGGGGUGGGAGUGGACUACGCCAAAGCCAGUAAACAGGUUUGCAAAGACAUUGACGAAUGUAACGAUGGAAACAACGGAGGGUGCGACGCCAACUCCAUCUGCACCAACACUGUGGGAUCAUUCAGAUGUGGCCCCUGCAAGCCCGGCUUUGUGGGUAACCAGACGGUAGGGUGUGCCCCCAAGAAAUCCUGCGCCAGCCCAGCCUUCAACCCGUGCCACCUGAAUGGGCAUUGUGUGUUUGAGAGGAGCGGAGACAUCACGUGCGCAUGUAAUGUCGGCUGGGCAGGGAAUGGCUACACGUGUGGCCGAGACACUGACCUGGAUGGCUACCCAGAUGAGCCAAUGCCUUGUAUAGACAACAAUAAGCAUUGCAGGCAGGAUAACUGCCGCCUGACGCCCAACUCUGGGCAGGAAGAUGCCGACAACGAUGGAAUUGGGGACCAGUGCGAUGAAGAUGCCGAUGGGGACGGGAUCAAGAAUGUUGAGGACAACUGCCGCCUGGUGCCCAACAAGGACCAGCAGAACUCGGACACCGACUCGUUUGGAGACGCCUGUGACAAUUGCCCCAAUGUGCCCAAUAACGACCAGAGGGACACGGACGCCAACGGGGAGGGAGACGCCUGUGACAAUGACAUUGAUGGCGACGGGAUCCCCAACAUGCUCGACAACUGCCCCAAAGUGCCCAACCCCCUGCAGACUGACCGAGACCUUGAUGGGGUGGGGGAUGCCUGUGACAGCUGCCCCGAGGCCAGUAACCCCACCCAGGCAGAUGCUGACAGCGACUUGGUUGGGGACAUGUGUGAUACCAAUCAGGACAGGGAUGGAGAUGGCCACCAGGACACCAAAGACAACUGCCCCGAUAUCCCCAACAGCUCCCAGUUAGACUCGGACAACGAUGGGAAAGGAGACGAGUGCGACCAAGACGAUGAUAAUGAUGGAAUCCCUGAUUACAUGCCACCAGGGCCAGACAAUUGCCGGCUGAUGCAUAACCCCAACCAGAAGGACUCGGAUGGGGACGGGGUUGGAGAUGUGUGUGAGGAAGACUUUGAUAACGACACCGUCAUCGACCCCCUGGACGUCUGUCCUGAAAGUGCAGAAGUCACUCUCACCGACUUCAGAGCCUAUCAGACCGUUAUCUUGGACCCUGAGGGCGACGCCCAGAUAGACCCUAAUUGGGUUGUGUUGAAUCAGGGAAUGGAGAUUGUGCAGACAAUGAACAGUGACCCUGGCUUGGCAGUUGGUUAUACGGCUUUCAACGGGGUGGACUUUGAGGGCACAUUCCACGUAAAUACGGUGACCGACGAUGACUAUGCCGGCUUUAUCUUCAGCUACCAGGACAGUUCCAGCUUCUACGUGGUCAUGUGGAAACAGACAGAGCAGACCUACUGGCAGGCAACCCCCUUCCGAGCUGUGGCAGAGCCGGGACUGCAGCUAAAGGCUGUGAAAUCCACAACGGGCCCCGGUGAGCAGCUUCGCAAUGCCCUGUGGAACACCGGUCACACCCAAGACCAGGUCCGUUUGCUGUGGAAGGACCCUCGUAACGUUGGCUGGAAGGACAAGACUUCUUAUCGUUGGCAGCUCAUGCAUCGCCCCCAAGUGGGCUACAUCAGGGUAAAGCUUUAUGAAGGAGUUGACCUGGUGGCUGAUUCCGGAGUAAUUAUAGACACAAAUAUGCGAGGGGGACGAUUGGGGGUCUUCUGCUUCUCCCAGGAGAACAUCAUUUGGUCCAACUUACAGUACCGGUGUAAUGACACAAUUCCAGAAGACUUUGAACCGUACCGACGGGGUCUACAGGAAGGGAAGGAUUAAGGAACGUACAGGAUGACCCCUUGCCCCAAAUUUAGACCAAUAUUCUCAUCAACAAACUGCUCGUAUCUGACCCUGCCCACCCCAAAGAGAUCAGCGGACACCCAACAGACGCCAUCUUAGGAGCUGCUGGGCCGGUACCAAGCCCAGUGAAGCCCAUCCCAGUGGCGGUUCUAGUAGCCAAUGUAAGAGGCUGUAUGGUUGGCUGGGGUGGGUUAUUGGUCCAUGUCCUGAUAAGCUGGAAAGUUCUUACACAAGGAGAACAUCACUUGCCCAUCGGGCUGGAAUUAUUUAAAUGGUGCCAAGAAUUGUACUUACCUGUGGCUUGUGGCGCGGGGGGUCUCGACUGGAGUUGCACAAGGUCUUCUGGUGUCAGCCUGUAAGUAGCCCCCAAAGUAUCUACCAACCUGAAGAUCUACUCGCCGUCGCGCCACCCUUCCCCUCGAUGGGGCUUCUUGUGGAUUGUUCCGUCCUUUAUAAAAAUCCAAAGGUUUUUGUACUGCCUGA